AGGAAUAUUACACCUUUUUUUACUUGCAUACAGUGACUGUAUGACCCUUCUAGUGUGAAUCGCGGAUGCAUGUGCGCAUCGCGGGUUGUAUGUACUGUAGUACAAAGUCGCAAGUUGACAAUUUUAUUAUCAGGUUUCUGUUAUUACAACAGUUACGCUGUAAGCACUUUUUAUAGUAUCUCGAUGUAUCCUUGAGAUGUUCCAGGAUUGCUUGUUUUAUUGAUCGGUCACGAUGAAAGUGUGGAUGACAUUUAAUGAACAUGAUUCAUCAUGCCGGCAGUUCGAAGGAUGAUUUUGGGUGACAUUAUAUCCAUUAUAUCCGAUUUAUGGUACAAAAUUAAUCAUCGGAAAAAAUUGGACGAUAUUCCUCAAACUCCAUUGGAGAGAUAUCUUUCCACCUUCGACAUCACAUUGCUUGGCGUAGGUCAUAUGGUCGGCGGAAUUUACCUGGUGACAGGAGUGGUUGCACAUACCAUAUCUGGACCUGGUGUGAUUCUUAGUCUCCUCCUGGCUGGUUUUGUUUCCGUUUUGGCGGCACUUUGUUAUGUCGAGCUCGCCGUUCGAGUGCCGAAAGACAGCGUAUAUGUUUUCACAUACAACUUUAUAAACGAGUUUAUAAAUGAGUAUCCGGUCUUCUUCGUAGGCUGGUUCCUCAUUCUGAAGAAUGUAAUCGGCAUAGCAUCCAUGGCAAGAGUUUGGAGUGGAUAUGUAGAUUCUUUAGUAAAUGGUGCAAUUAGCAAUUAUACCCAUAACAAAUUGGGUGGAUGGUUGGUAGAUGUCCCAGAUUUUCUAGCUGGCGGAACAUAUUUGAUCUAUACGUUACUUUUGGGAGUAGGGGUGAAAACUUCAGUGACGAUAAACUCACUACUGACUAUCAUCAAUCUUAUAGUAAUGGGAUUGAUCGUCGUCCUGGGAAUUUAUUACGCGGAUAUCUCUAAUUGGAGCAGCCAAGACAGAGGCUUUAUGCCAUUUAAGUUCAGCGAUGUAAUCAAGGGCGCAGCAACGUGUCUGUAUGCUUUCAUCGGCUUCGACUCGAUUGCGACGUUCGGACAAGAAGCCCGUGAUCCACAACGAAGUAUUCCACGAGCAACUUUACUCUCUGUGAUAAUAGUAAUCAUUGGAUAUAUAUCGAUCAGUACCGCUCUGACACUGAUUGUGCCGUUUUGGGCAAUCAAUCCCACCGCGGCUUUUCCAGAAGCCUUUUUAUCCAAAGGUAUCUCUUGGGCUAAAUAUGUAAUAAGCCGUGGCGCUCUUUGCGGAAUGACAAGCCUCUUCGGAUCUCUGUUCUCUCUGCCGAGAACGUUACAGUCUACGAAUGCGGGUUUGUUAUUCAGCUUCGGUCGCAUUAACGAGAGAACGCAAGUGUCAGUGUGCAAUGUCAUCAUAAAUGGAUUCGGUGCCUUAAUCGCUCUACUGUUCAACCUUCAUCAAUUGGUGGAAUUUAUGUCGCUUGGGAGCUUGCUCACAUACACCAUGAUGGCGUUCGACGUCAUUUUACUGAGAUACGACGUUAUAUCUGCGAAAUCUAUAUCCAAUCGAUUUAGGUACUUUUCCAAGACUGAAAGAAGAAGAAGAAGACUUAGAUACACCAUAGGUAGACCGAACAAUCGGUCCUCAUCAUCCACCGAGAAAGCAGAUGUCAAUAAUUACAAUAGCGUCGCAUCCGCCAGGUCUGAAUUGCGAUGCGAAGGGAUUGGAAAAGUCAGACAAAGAUAUGCCUGGAUGAAAGAUUGCUUUAAGCUGUAUACUUAUAGCGCUUCAAAAUACGUCAUAUUUUUGUCUCUAUUAAUCUACACGACUGCUUGCUUAUUCAUUAGCGUUCUUCUAAUAUUGGCGCUUAAAACAUCGUAUGGAUACAUUUUUGCCGAACACUUUUUCAUGUGGAUGUACUUCACGAUAAUCGUCGUCAGUAUUUCCAUAAUUGCCGUUCAUAAACAAAAUCCGCCUGAUGGCAAAUUUCGAGUGCCGCUAGUGCCCUUAAUACCUGCAUUAAGCAUUCUUUUCAACAUUAUUUUAAUGAUGCACUUGACUAAUUUUUCUCUAGAGAUGGGGAAAUUAUUUUUUAUAUGGAUGGCGAUUGGAACAGUAAUUUACUUUCUGUGCGGCAUUCAUUGUAGGAAAGAAGCUAGUAAUAAUAUUUCAAAUUCAAAUUCUAUCUUAAUGAUUACCUUGAAAGACUAAAAAAGGUACAAAAUAGGGAUUAACGUUACAAAUUAAUCCAAAGGGUGAUAAAGCACCUAUUUUUUCAGAAAAAUUCAUUCAAUAAGUAAUAUAUUCUUCAUUAUUUUGCUUAUCAGUAAAGAUCGCUUGAAUUUUGUUGAAAAUCAAAGGAACGUUUAUAAACUUUAACGUUUAACAACAAUACGAAAUACGCUUGCAUGCUAUGUGCACAUAAUGCAGGCUAAUGCAACAGAAUAACGAGAUUUAAAUAUAAGAUAUAUUUUAUAAAUAUAUCGAUCUUACAAAUAACUAGAUCUGUUCUUGAAAAUUUUGUUUGGUACAAACAAAAACUAUAUUUUUAGGACUUAGCUGCAUCUAGUCUGACUAUUCUAGUUUGAAUCAUGAGAAUUAUUUUUAUAAUUUUAAAUUUGUGUCAUUACUUUUUACUAUUAACAAAGAACAUAUAGUUCUUCCUUUCUUCAGAUGACUGUUGUUAUUACAAAAUUAGCUACAAAACUAGCCACAAAAUUAACUGAUGUGUUUGACGAACCAUUUGCGCUAUAAGUUGGUGCCGUUGUACAUUUAGCAAACUUGAAGUGAAAUGUUCAGAGAGAAAAUUAAAAAUUCAUGAAUGUUCAUCAUUUCUCUCAUUUUAUAUAAUUUUUUUUUAGCUUAAGUAUCGAUUAAGUAUACGAUAACGAUAAAAUAUCGUUUUUGAAUGACCAAAUUAUCUCACUAUUAACUAAAAAUUAUAAAAAGACUAUACACUAAAAAUUUAUAAAACGAUUUGAUUUAACAUAAUUUACAUUUGCGUGUAUUGACUUCAGAAUCGUGUCUUAGGAACAUAGGUAGAUAUUACAAAAAUAAAAAAGAAUGAAAUUUAAAGUCUUGAUAAUAGAUUCAUUUGCAUUACACUAAUCGUUAAGAUUAAAAACAUUUAUAAUUUGUUGAAAAUAUGCAUUGAUAAAAUUAAUAAAAUCACGAAAGAUAAAUAGAGAGUACAAAACUUAUUCUCUGGAUAUAUACUAAAAAUAUAUAUUGUGUCUAUACAUAAAAUAUAUUUUGUUACGUAUGUAGUUCAUAAUCUAUGUGUGUUGCAUAAACGUGUAUUGCGCGUGAGAAGUAUAAAUGUAUGAUGUUACAUGGAAAGUAUUUGUACAAUAUGUUUAACAUCGAUGUAUACCAACGACAAAUGUUAUAUAAGAAAAUGUCAAAAUGUUUUAAAAUAAGAGUGCUCAAAUGACGAAUAAUUUGUUAUUUAAAAGGAAUUUAUUUAUUAAGAGACAUUUAUAUCUCUUUAAUAAUAAGCGAUAAAUAUCGAGCGAUAAAAUGCAAUUCCUCAAAGCGAAGUACAAACGAUAUAUUCUGUCAAUUACUACGUUAUAAUUACUGUAGUAUGAUUUCCAACAAAAUAAACUGUUGAGAAUUGA